CGCUGCUCCCCGGGGGGAGCUGAUCAUUACAUCGUUUGACAGGAGAGUCCCUGGACAGGUAACGUGUCAUUUCCCCCGUGGUCCCGGCCGCACCCCGCAGCCGGCUCGGCUCGGCUCAGCUCAGUUCACCGGCGCCUUCACCUACACCCGGUCUGUUUUUCCGCCGGGGAGAGGGACGGAGCGGCCGCCAGGGCUCGCCACCAUGGGUGACCUGCGGGGGCUGUGAUCGGGGUGACGGAACUCACAGCGCGUUCCCGUGACCGGCUGGACACAGGUCGGAGACCGGGAGACCGGGACACCCGACCGGUGCCAAGGACUAGUGUCAACCAUGGAGCAUUUAACGGAGGACAACUGGCGGGAGAUAGCGGGCAAGAAAAUGAAGUUCCCGCCCAGCCUGAUUGGAGCCAUCUACGAUGGGAACCUGGCCAAGAUCUACAAGCUACUGCAGACCAGUGAUGGGAUCCUGAGGCAGCUGGAUGACACCGAGGACCGGUCCUGGAGGGAGGCCCUCAACCUAGCCAUCCGCAUGAGCAAUGAGGAGAUCAUCGUGGCCCUGCUCCGCUGCGUCAAGUUCGACUUCCGACAGAUCCACGAGGCCCUGCUGGUGGCGGUGGACAUGAACCUCAUCAACGUGGUGAAGUUGCUGUUGGAACGCCUGGACCAGCAGAAGGGGGUGAGCCACAACAAGGUGGACAUCAUGUCCUUCUCGCUGGCCCUCUUCGACCAUUCCAUCGACAGCUCCCGCUUUGCACCGGGAGUCACCCCGCUCACCCUGGCCUGCCAGAAGAACCUCUUCGAGAUCGUGGACCUUCUGAUGAAGAAGGGUCACGUCAUCCCCACUCCCCACAAGAUCUCGUGCGCCUGCCCCGAGUGCCUCAACGGACGGCAGUACGACAUGCUCAAGUUCUCGCUCUCUCGCAUGAACACCUACAAGGGUCUGGCCAGCCGGCCCUACCUCUCCAUCGCCAAUGAGGACGCCAUGCUGAGUGCCUUUAAGCUCAGCAGAGAGCUCAAGCAGCUGUCCAAGAAGGAGCCCGAGUUCAAGCCAGAGUACCUGAACCUGGAGGAACUUUGCCAGGACCUGGCCGUCGAGCUGCUUGGCAUGUGUCGGAACCAGAGCGAGGUCAAUGCCAUCCUCAACGACUGCAGAGAGGACCAGGACGAGGACGAUGACAUGGACAACCAGGCCUUCGAGGAGGGAAUCCCCAACCUGGGCCGGCUCCGGCUGGCCGUCAACUACAACCAGAAGAGGUUUGUGGCCCACCCGAUCUGCCAGCAGGUCCUGACAUCCAUCUGGUGCGGCAAACUGACGUGGUGGAGGGGCAGCCGCACCAUUUGGCUCAUCUUCAUCUCCAGCGGCCUCUUCCUCAGCAUGCCGGUGAUCUGCCUCGUCUACCUGAUCGCACCCAGGACCAAGCUGGGGCAGUUUGUCCGCACACCGGUCAUCAAGUUCCUCCUGCACUCCUCGUCGUACAUCUGGUUCUUGGUCCUUUUGCUUGUGGAGUCCAUCCUGGCUCAGCAGUCCCGGGAACUGUCCUCGUCCAGGAAAGAGCCCAUCUACAUUAACUCCUUCCACAUGAUCUGGGUGGUGGGGUACUUCUGGUACGAGUGUAAGGAGGUGUGGAUCGAGGGGCUGCGUAGUUAUCUGUUGGACUGGUGGAACUUCCUGGACAUUGUCAUCCUGAGCAUGUACCUGGCGUCCUUCGCCCUCCGCAUCGUCAUCUACCUGAGCGGCAAGCUGUACUGCCAGGCUGACCCCACUUCCUACUACUGCCUUUAUUUCACUGUCACCGAAAGACACCAAUGGAUGCAGGAAGACCCGCAGAUGGUGGCCGAGGUUCUGUUUGCCAUCACCAGUAUGCUGAGCCUGGCACGUCUCACCUCCAUCCUGCCCGCGCACGAGACCCUCGGAACCCUGCAGAUAUCCAUCGGAAGGAUGAUCGAUGACAUGAUGAGGUUCAUGUUCCUGCUGAUGAUCAUCCUCACGGCGUUCCUGUGCGGGAUCAACAACAUCUACGUCCACUACGUCGACCUUGAACGCCUCGGCAACUUCAACGGCACCUUACAGUUCCUCUUCUGGACCAUGUUCGGCAUGGAGGAGCCCACCUCGGUGGAUGUCUCUGAGUACAUGGUGGCGGAGUUUGUGGGUCGCAUCCUGUACGGCAUUUUCACCAUCAUCAUGGUUAUAGUGCUACUAAAUAUGUUAGUCGCUAUGAUCACUAACUCCUUCCAGAAGAUCGAGGAUGACGCUGAUGUUGAGUGGAAAUUUGCUCGGUCCAAGUUGUACCUUUGCUAUUUUCGUGAGGGCCUGACUCUCCCUGUCCCCUUCAACAUCAUUCCCACACCCAAAUCGUUUUUCUACUUGCUCAGGUGGAUCCUUCGCAAGAUGUGCUGCAUCAGUGGCAAGAAGAACGACUACCCCCCACUGCCCAACACCUUCGUGAACUCGGGUGCGGGUGGGAACCAGGCCGAGGGUCGGGAGGCCUACCGUUUACAGGUGAUCAAAACCCUGGUGCAGAGGUACAUCGAGACGUCCCGGCAGGAGUUUGCGGAGAAGCAGAGGAAAGACCUCGGGAACCGGAUUACGGAGCUGAGCAAAUUCGUGGGCCGGCUGCAGUCAGAGAUCAAGCGGCUGCGCUACGGCAUGGGGGCGGCGGGGAGCGGUGCCAAGUCCGGAGACGCUUCCGCCGUCAUCGGCAAAUACAUCCUCGGUGCCCGCAACCGCUUCCAGGAGCCCGAGGACGGCUGCGAGCCCGGCUCUCGCAAAGCCUUCAAGGUGACCGUGCACCAGAACUCAGACGACGGUGCCGAGCCCCCUGGUGCGUGCAAGCCGGUGGACGAGGAGGACGAUGAGGGCUGUCCCCCCUACCCCAGUGAUGGAGCGGGGACCAGCAGGGAGGGCAAAGAGGAUCCCUCCGCCGGACAGGACCACGGGGACUCUGAACAGCCGGAGAAGGACUGAGCCGAAGGGUGGACGGGCGCCCAUCUCCCCACCGAGCCAGAACUGAUCCUGGCACCAUGAACUCUUCCCCAUCCCUUCAGCCCAGGGCUGAAUCACUUGCACCGGGAGCCCUGUGGGACCUCUCUCCCCUCCUACACUAGCAACCAGAGUCAGCGCGUUAACCUCAAUAAACCGUAGGCCAGUAACUGGUAGAAUCAGAUUCAUUAUCAUAGGACCAUAAGACAUAGGAGCAGAAUGAGGCCAUUCAGCCCAUCGAGGCUGUUCUACCAUUCCAUCAUGGCUGAUUUAUUCCCAACCCCAUUCUCCUGCCUUCUCCCCGUAACCUUUAACAUCCUGAUUAAUCAAGAACCCAUCAACCUCCAUUUUAAAUAUACCCAAUGACUUGGCUUCCAGAGGCAAUGAAUUCCACAGAUUCAUCGCCCUCCGGAUAACGAAAUUCCUCCUCAUCUCCGUUCUAAGUGCAUGUCUUUGUGCCCUCUGGCUCCAGACUCCCCCACUACAGGAAACGGGCUCUGCAUGUCCAUUCAGUCUUAAGCCUUUCCAUAUUCCGCAGGUUGUCACUAUCUGAUAGGACAUGAGAAUGGUUGUUUUGCGGCAGCAGUCCAACGCAGAGAUCGUAACGUUACGAUCCUGUGGACCACGGGCCUGCUGAUCACGAUGCCACUUUGUGGGAUUUUUUUCCCCCGAAGGUUCCACGUCAUUUUCCGCCCGACUCCCUGGGCCCUGCGGAGGGAGGAGGUACGUGAUCCAGCUUCUCUGCGGGAUAGCAGGUGGAGAUCCCCACGGUUCUCGGGAGAGCACAGCCCUCCCAUUGGGAAGGGUGAGGCCGGGCAUUCAGAGGGCAAUGCCAUCCAGAACAGGGGCUCCGGGAAUCUUCCUGGUGCCUGGUGGCCAUUGGGAAGGGGUGGUGAUUUAGCCCAGAGCGAGGAAAGAGAUGUGGGAGGGGGUUCCUAGUCACGGAGCAAUUUACAAUGACCAAUUACCGUAACCUACUAACCGGUACGUCUUUGAACCGUGGGAGGAGACUGGAGCACCCAGAGGAAACCCACACGCCCACGGACAGAACGGACACACUCCUCACAGACGCGCUGGAGAUGGACUCUGAACUCUGGAAUAUCCCAAGCGGCACUAACCACUACACCACAGUAGGCUCAUGAUGGACAGAUGGAGGUACUGCGAGUUCCAAAGAGUAACAACGUACAGGGAGAAGUUCUCUGGAGACCACAGCCCUCCCGUUGGGAAGGACGAGGCCAGGCAUUCAGUGGGAAAGGCUAUUCACACUAGGAAUUCCAGGAAUCUUCCCUGUGCUGGGUGGGAGUUGGAGAGGAUCCAAAGGGGGUGAUUUAGCCCAGAGGGAGACGAGAGAUCGGGGAAGGGUCCGGCAGGGGUAGGAUGGUUCCUGGCCCUCUCGCGUCUCCCCCCUUGCCACUCAGACUUGAUGCAGGGUCUCCAUCGGGAAUGUCAACCACCCUCUGCUCCCACAGACACGGAGCUCUGCUAUUCCUUGAGGCUGUCACUGCUAAAACCCGAGGGGAAACUCCCACUCUGUUUCCUCCCCAGACAGCAGAGAGAGAGAGCGAGGAGAGGUGGUGUGGGGGGAGAGUGGAGAGGGUCAAAGAGAGGGAGAGGGAUGGAAAAGGAGGUGGAGAAGAACAUGGGUGGAGAGGUAGAGAGGAGGAGGAGGAGGGGAAGAGUAGAAGAAGUGAAAAGGGUAAGAGGAGUUGGGGGAGGUUUCCUGCAUGGAAAACAGACCAAGCAGACAGAACACAUGCUGGGUGGCGAUCUGGCGACUCGAGGGGCCAAUGGACAGAAGGAAGCCUUUGAUCUCUGGGAGCUGACAUUCCAAGAGUGUCCGGGAGAGGCGGUGCUGGUCCCCACGGAAAGUUUAGAGUCAGAUUUGGGAAUUUUUCAGUUGAGUUACUGCUCAUACAAGCCAGCCAGAGAUCUGUGUCUGAGCAGGGACAUGGAACCUGUGCCUCACCCUGCUUGCCCCCACCCAGGAGCCGCCGGGGAGACAUUGUGGAGGAAGCUUCACUCAGUAUCUAAUUAUUCUUUUUUUCCGCAAACAAUUGUAUUAAAAGCAA